GGGAACCGAGAAAUAAUGCUCGUAAACCAACGAUCCGUGUGUCCGAAUUUAGCAAUUCUUCUGAUAAGCGAACAGGGGAGGAAGUGAACGUCUGCAUCAGUUGCAGUUGCAGUUGCAGUGAAGUCGUUGAUGCAGCCAUGGAUGGUGGUGCUGGUAGCAGGAGGACGGGGAAGUGACUAUCGUGUGCACCAGCUCGCAUACACUCUCUGCCUUUCUCUUUCCAUCUGUUUAUUCUGUCUCGCCCUGUCACUGUAGUCUAAUCUUCCCCGAACCUGGCCUUCCUCCUUUGUUGAAUCCAAUCGUUUGAAGUUCUUUGGGGUUCUUCCAGGAGAACUAGAUGUAAGAGGGUCCCACCAUACCCUCAUUUCGAGUCUCUUCCGUUCUUUUUUCCUCGCCUCUUUCGCUUUUUUUCCUUAAUUUUUCUUUGAGCAAAAGAAGUGGGUAACAGAGAGAGAAGCUAAAAAGUUGCAAAAACGUGGCUUACGAACUCAUUUCAUCGCUCUUACGCGGACAAAGCACUUUCUUUCAGUCAGUUUCCUCAACCGAUUUUUAAUCCUCUUUCGCUAUUUCGUGUGUAUAUAAUUAUAAUCCUCUGUAACGCUUUCUAAACAAGAAGAAAGGAGAGUUUGGCAGCUUAUUAUUACGUGUUUCCUCCUUUCUCCCUUUUCUUUUGCUCUGCUUUUUUGUUUUAAUUCUCUCUUUCGCUCUGAGUAAAAGCAUGGAAGCGGUCGCGAUGUUGGGAAUCGAUGUCUUCCUGUGGUUUAACUGAGAUCGAGUUUGUAUGAUGGAUGGCGGUUCUUGAGUUUAAGGUUUCAGCAUAUUUACGCCACUUGCAUGUGUGUUGUUUGGUUGGAUCUCAAGAUGGACGAAAGCUCUGUCAGUUCACGGAAAGAUGAACAAGGGAAGGAAGACUCUCCAUUUAGAUAUGAAAAUGGCAUAAAGUCAGCAGAACGAAGUAGUUUGAAGUUCAUUGAACCUAGCCAUGAAUGCUCUCUAGAAAGGGUGAAGCCACAGCAGAAGUUUACAUCGGAAGUUAAGCAAUCAUACUCAGGAGGAAGAUGCAUUCAGCAAUCAUUCCUUCAAAGGCGACAAGCUUCUGAUUUUAAGAUCCUAAAGCAAAUACAUUCUCAAAGUCUCAACAAAAAACAACUCCAGCAUAGCUUGGAUUUUGUAGUUAGAGCCUCCGACUAUAGUGUAGCCCCAUACAAUAUUUCUGUGAAUUUGAGUUCCUCUAAAAUGGAGAUUUUGUUUGAUGGGUCAGAAUCGAUUAAAAGUAGAAGAAGAAAUACAACUGCAAUGGAUGAUUUUGUUAUUGAAUGCCCAUCGCUAGCUGGACAAAGGAAUGUAAUUAUAAGCUCUGUGGGACAGUGGAUUGUAGGUGCCAUAGAGAACAACAAUAUGAGGAACAUCUUAGAGAAUCCAUUAUCUUAUAAUUUAGGUGCCCUAGAUCAUGACACCAACAUAAAGAAAGCAGGUUCAAUUGGAAUUAAGGGAAAGAAAUGUCCUAGUUUCAUGAGUUCUCCUUCAAGCUUAAGUAUUAGUUCAUCACAGAACCUUGAUAGGGAGACAGAACCUCAAGGAAAUCAUGGAUAUAGAUCAGAAGCUCAUAAGAGGCUUAUUUCUGUCUCAAGUUCAAACUCAACAUGUUCAGAUCAGUCUUCUCCAUCUGCUUGUGACACCAUUUCUCAGGGAAUGCUUCAUUGCACAUGGAAAAGUGGAGUUCCAUAUUUUGUGUUCUCAGUAGAGGAUCAAAGGGAGGUUUAUGUAGCAAACMUGUGGGUUGUUGAAUCAUCAGAUGACAAGUCYCUGGAUUAUAUGUACACAUUCCAUUCAAGAACGGAUGGYCCAAAGGAACAGGUGACUUGUAGUGUGUCAGAUCUUGUUGGUAAGAUGAAGGUUUCCAGUUCUUUCAGUAUUUGCUCGAACAAUUCAAAACUCAUAGAGACCGAGUUUGUCUUGUUUGGUGCUAAUGAAAACCAUUUUGGGGAGAUGCAAAUUUCAACCUCUCCUCGCAAGAGAAACAGCAAGUUUCCAAAGAGGGUUGUUGAUGUAUUGGGGACAAACCAUCCUUCCAGGGACAGAUCUUCCACCAAAUUCGGUGUGCCAAGCUCCAUACUUGAGGAUUUUGCUUGGGAGCCAUGCCAAGAUAUGUUCAGCAAGCUUAAUGCAUCAAGUAGAGCUAACCUGCUACAAAGCCAUCUUUUGCCGAAUUUUGAGUUGGCUGCCAUUGUUGUGAGAGGCUAUACCCAAGAUGAUUGUGAAGAGGCAAUGGUCGGAGGUUGGGGCUUGAAAUUUCUCAAAAAAAAUAGAUCUCAGCAGAUUAAUACUUCGGUAGAAGCAUCUGUUUCUUCAGAAUGCUGCCCAGAUAGUUUCUUGCAAAAGAAAACCAAUUGUUCAAGUAUGCAUGUUCUACUUCCAGCAGGAAUUCAUGGUGGUCCUAGGACAAGAAAUGGUGGCCCUUCUAGUCUUAGUGAGAGAUGGAGAUCUGGUGGAGACUGCGAUUGUGGUGGCUGGGAUAUAGGCUGCCCUCUCACAGUACUCAAUAGCAGAACAAGCAUGGAAGAGGUUUCACAAGGAGGUGCACAAGGGGAAUGCAAAUCAUUGAAUCUAUUUAUGCAGGGUACAAAGCAAGGUCCCACAAUGAGAAUGGUGACUAUUCAUGAUGAUCUCUAUUGUAUUCAUUUCCAAUCAACUAUGUCAGCUCUCCAAUCUCUCUCUAUAGGAGUGGCAAUUAUCCAUUCUCAGAGUCCCACUCUAUGUCCCAAAAAUGUACAGAAGUUGAAGCAGCAAGUAUCAGGAUUGACAAUUUCAUUUUCAUAAUCGUUUCUCCUUCUUAGUAACAACAUAAUACAGCAGUACAGAAGGCCAAAAAAGAGAGGUUAUUUGUACACGAUUAACAUGAUUGUUUUUCUUAUAAUAGUUAGUACUUCUGGUUCCCUUCCCAAUCGUGUAUUUCAUCUCAGUGCUGGAUGGUUGAAACAACAGCUUUUACUUGUAUUUGAUAAAACAAUAUAUAUCUGAGAUGAAAAUUUAAGAAGA